AUGGUUCAUACAGGAGAGCGACCUCAUAAGUGCACUACAUGCGGGAAAUCCUUUGUAUCUGAAAGUAAAUUGAAAGUACAUACAAUGGUUCAUACAGGAGAGCGACCUCAUAAGUGCACAACAUGCGGGAAAUCCUUUGUAUCUGAAAGUAAAUUGAAAGAACAUACAAUGGUUCAUACAGGAGAGCAACCUCAUAAAUGCACUACAUGCGGGAAAUCCUUUGUAUCUGAAAGUAAAUUGAAAGUACAUACAAUGGUUCAUACAGGAGAGCGACCUCAUAAGUGCACUACAUGCGGGAAAUCCUUUGUAUCUGAAAGUAAAUUGAAAGUACAUACAAUGGUUCAUACAGGAGAGCGACCUCAUAAAUGCACUACAUGCGGGAAAUCCUUUGUAUCUGAAAGUAAAUUAAAAGUACAUACAAUGGAUCAUACAGGAGAGCGACCUCAUAAGUGCACUACAUGCGGGAAAUCCUUUGUAUCUGAAAGUAAAUUGAAAGUACAUACAAUGGUUCAUACAGGAGAGCGACCUCAUAAGUGCACUACAUGCGGGAAAUCCUUUGUAUCUGAAAGUAAAUUGAAAGAACAUACAAUGGUUCAUACAGGAGAGCGACCUCAUAAAUGCACUACAUGCGGGAAAUCCUUUGUAUCUGAAAGUAAAUUGAAAGAACAUACAAUGGUUCAUACAGGAGAGCGACCUCAUAAAUGCACUACAUGCGGGAAAUCCUUUGUAUCUGAAAGUAAAUUGAAAGAACAUACAAUGGUUCAUACAGGAGAGCGACCUCAUAAGUGCACUCCAUGGGGGAAAUCCUUUGUAUCUGAAAGAAUGAAAAUAGAAGAACUCAGGCAUAAGAAAAAAGAACCAAUUGCCAAACGAGCAAUCCUAAUUUGGAUUGUACGUACAAAAGACGAGAUGACAACACCUCCACGGUAA